AUGUACGCCUUCUGCACACACGCCCUAUGCGCAGUUCAGCUCUUGCAGAGUUGCUGCGAACAAUAUAAGUGUGGAUAUCUACCACAGCGCUCGCUCAGUAGCGCGGCUUACACUCGGCUUGCCGAACCCGCUGAUGCAUGCGUCUUGCGCUCUACACUGUUGAAACGUGCCAGUGACCACACAGCAGACCCUAGCCAGAAGUAA